UUUUCUUCGUGACCUAAUCAUUUCGACAUACCAUGUGAGUUUAUGUGAAUAUAUAAAAACCUUACGCAAAGAAAUCAACUUCAUAACGUCUCAAACAUCACUCAGAACACGUUCGUCAUGGGAUCACGUUUUUAAAAUUUUUCAAAUUAUCACGUUGUGUCUACUUUAUUCAACAUUUUAAAUUAAGGUUUUCUGUGGUGGAAUAAUAAUAAUAAUAAUAAUAAUAAUAAAAAAAGAAAUAUUAUUCCAUCAUGUUUGGAUGCACGAUCGAUUUAAAUAAAUUAAUAUUAAUAUUGAUAUUAAUAUCAAUUAUAAUAUAUUUCUAUUUAAAAUACAAAUUAUCUUAUUGGAGUAAACGAGGAGUAAAAUGUCCUCCGACAAAUUUAAUUUUUGGCAAUUUCAAGGAUACCAUAACGUUUAAAAAACCACCUGGAAUAUUACUUCAAGAUAUUUACAAUUAUGCCGAUAAAGAUGACAAAUAUAUUGGUUUUUAUAUUUUAUCCAAGCCAGCUUUGUUAUUGAGAGAUAUUGAUUUGAUAAAACAAAUAAUGGUGUCGGAAUUUAAUACUUUUCCCAAUCGUAUGUUUGGUGGAAAAUACGAAAAAGAUACGGUUGGUUUAUGCAAUCUUCUUGGGAUCAAUCAACCUAAAUGGAAAUAUUUACGAAAUAAAAUGACACCAAGUUUUACGGGAGGAAAGAUGAAAACCAUGGUACCAUUGAUGUUGGAAUGUUGUAAUUCGAUGUUAGCAUAUAUUGAUGAUAAACCAGCUAACGCCGAUGGCUGGAAAGAUUUAGAAUUGAAAGCCUUGAGCUCAAGAUAUGCCACCGAUGUUAUUUCAUCCGUUGCUUUCGGCAUUAAUACUAAUUCGUUCCACGAAAAUGACGUCGCUUUUUGGGAAGCAGGACAGAAAAUAUUAUCUGGAACAAAACGAGGUAUAAUCGUAUUAAUUUACUUCCUGUUACCAGAAAUAACUCCUCUUAUCGAACCAUUAGCCAAAAAACCAGCUGAAUUCUUUCGUCAUGUUUUUUGGGAUUCGAUGAACGCCAGAGAAAUAUCUGGAAAUAAAAGAGGAGAUCUGGUCGAUUCUUUGUUAGCUUUAAAAAAUGGAGAACAGAAUCCUGAAUUUAACUUCAAAGGUGAUAAUUUAUUGGCUCAAGCAGUUUCGUUUUUCGUUGCUGGAUUCGAAGCUUCGUCAACAGCUAUUGCUUUUGUAAUUUAUGAAUUAGCAUUGCAUCCAGAAUAUGAACAACGUUUGUAUGAUGAAAUAAAAGGUAUCGUUGAUAAAGAUGGAAUCACAAUGGAUUCCAUCAAGGAAAUGAGCUUCUUAGAUGAUGUAUUAGAAGAAAGUUUAAGAUUAUAUCCACCUUUGCCAAUUGUUGAUAGAAUUGCCGUAAAAGAUUAUAAGUUGCCCGGGACAGAUUUGAUCAUUGAAAAAGGUACACCCAUUUAUGUUUCUAUCAAUGGUGUUAACAGAGAUAGCAGGUACUUCUCUGAUCCAACAACGUUCAAUCCUUUGAGAGAAAAAGGAGAAAAUAACAAAUUAUCAGGAUCUCUUGCUUUUGGUAUUGGACCAAGAUCAUGCAUUGGUCAGAGAUUAGGCAUUUUAAUAACGAAAAUAGCAGUUAUUCAAUUGGUCUUGAAUUUUAAAAUAUUUAUCAAGCAAGAAAGAGAAAAGUUAUUAAAUCCCAUAACUAUAUUUACAAAUGCAGCUGAUGGAGUAUACGUGCAGUUCCAAAAACGUAUUAAUAAUGUAAAUUAAACAUGAUAAUCUCUCACUGUAAAUCUGUAUUUUUCGUUUUCUUUGUUUUCUAUAAAUGUUUAUUUGUUCAAAUUGUCGAUGUGAAGAAAAAUUGCGAUAAAAUAUAUAUUCUACGAUUAAAACGCGAUUUCAUUUC